CACAAGCAUCUCUAUAAGAAGAAAGUAAAAGAAAGAAUUUGGUUUGAUUGGGAGAGAGACUACCAAAUCACCAAUAUGACGAAACAGGAUUUGAGGAGGUCGGCCAAUUACAAGCCCAACAUUUGGGAAUAUGGUUUCCUACAAUCUCUUUCUGCCAAAGACCAAGAAAUUAGACAAUAUGAGGUACGAGCUGAGAAGUUAAAAGAGGAGGCGAAGCUCAUCUUUGCAGAAGUAGCAGGUGACGAUUUGGUGGCUAAGCUGGAGCUAAUUGACAGUGUGAGGAAGCUAGGGUUAGCUAGCUUCUUUGAGGAUGAAAUAAAAGAGGCUCUUGAUCAGGUUGUGUCAUUUUUCAUUGGAAAACCGAUUUCCCACAUGAAAUGCGGUCUCCAUUUCUAUGCACUAUCCUUCAGGCUCCUCCGGCAACAUGGUUAUCAUGUUUCUCAAGACAUGUUCAUUGAUGAGUUUAUGGACAAACCCACAAGGAGUUUCAUGGAAAGCAAGUGCUGCGGGGACACAUUAGGGCUAGUUGAGCUAUUUGAGGAUUCACAUUUGGGACUGGAGCAUGAAGAUAUCAUGGAAGAAGCCAAUUGUUUCUCAGCCAGAAUCUUGAAGAGCAGUUAUCCGAGCUUAUUACUUCAUCAUGACAAGGACCUGGAGGAGCGUGUGGCCCACGCUCUGGAGCUACCAAUCCACUGGCGCGUACAGUGGUUCGACGUGAAAUGGCAGAUCAAGGUCCACGAGAGAGGGAGGGCGAAGAAGGUAGACAAGGCUUUGAUUGACUUGGCUAAGGUCAACUUCAACGUGGUCCAAUCCGCACUGCAGAAGGAUUUGAGGCAGAUUUCCAGGCUGGACUUCACGAGGGAUCGAAUUGUGGAGAGCUUCCUAUGUUCGGUGGGGCUAGCAAUCGAGCCGGAGUUUAGCGGUUUCAGAAUACGUCUCACAAAAGUUAUAAUCAUGAUACUGAUUUUGGACGACGUUUAUGAUGUUUAUGGCUCCUUAGAAGAGCUCAAACAGUUUACAGCCGCCAUCGACAAAUGGAAUGCAAGGAAAGUUGACAAACUGCCUGAACCCAUGAAGUUGUGCUUCCAAACCCUAACUGACAUCACAGAAGACAUCUCAAUUGAGAUCCAAAAUGAGAGAGGCUGGGACCAUGAAGUGCAGCCUCACCUGGAAAGGGUGUGGGGAGAUUUUUGCAAAGCAAUGCUAGUGGAAGCCAAAUGGUGCCGCGACGGACGGACCCCGUCGCUAAAAGAGUAUCUGACCAACGGCAGCGUCUCGACGUCGUCCGGCACAGUCAUCGCCGUUCACUCGUUUUGCUCGGUGUUGGAUAAUAACACGACGAGGGGAAUGAAAGGCUUAUCGGAGAAAAAUCAUCACCAUCUCAUUCACAACGUCUGCCUCGUCAUUCGCCUAUGCAACGACAUUGGAACUUCCAAGGUAGAGCAAGAGAGAGGGGAAGCGGCAUCCUCGUCAAUAGCUUGUUACAUGCGCGAAGCCAAUACAACGGAGGAGAAAGCCAAGGAUCACAUCAAAGGAUUGAUAACCAAAGUGUGGAAGAAAAUCAACGAGCAAUGCUUUGGCCGGCGGCAGCCGCCGAUGAUCACUCCCGGGCUAUUCGUGGACAUAACCACCAACAUGGCUCGUGUGGCCCAUAACUUGUACCAACAUGGCGAUGGGUUUGGAGGGCAAGACCACAAACAUCAUCAUAAGAAGCAGAUUCUGUCUCUCCUUGUUCACCCUCUCAAGCUCGAGUCCUCUUGAUCAGUCACGGUUUUAGUGAAUGUUGUACGGUGAUCAAAGAGGAUUGACAGUGUGAUGAGUUUGUAAAUUUUUUUUGGUGAUUUCAUGUUUGUCUCUCUUGUUCAUCUCAGUUGUAUUGUUAUUGGAUUUUCGAGUACAUAUACGAGCUAAACAAUCUAUUAGUUCUUGAUCUCGACUUUCAAUUGAUCUAGUCAGUGUUCUCUUGACAGAUAAAAACAAAAACAUAAUGGUGGUGGAGAUCUCUCACCUAUUUUGUUCAUAUAAAAGAUUCCAUUCAUGAUAAAAGAUUCCAAUUCAA